GUCACCCCCAUCAGUUCAGCGCAAGAUGCACAGUGUCAAGUCAUGGACCAAAAUGACAAUGACCUUCAAGGAAAUGAUGGUUCGGGGUCCCUUGGAGGUCUUGAUGUUCGCCGACAGAUCCCAAUCAAGUUACUGUCGAAACAAACGGAAAGAGGCAAGCAGCCCAUCCGACCUCAGCGUCCCAACACCAGGCCGCCCUCAAAAAACAAAGAAGAGCCGUUCAGCUAUAACCAAGAGGAAAGAUUUGAGUGUAAAUCUGGAGAUGCUUAUGGAAAACAGCGCAGAUUCCCUCAGCCAAUCUUUUGGGAUUAUAAGCUCAACUUGAUAGGAGUUAAAGAUGACACACCAGUUCAUUUUUGUGACAAGUGUGGUCUGCCCAUAAAGAUCUACGGGCGAAUGAUUCCCUGUAAGCAUGUCUUCUGCUAUGACUGUGCAGUGCACUACGAGAAGAAGUGUGAAAAGAUUUGCCCUGGUCUGUCCCUCUACAGCUGCUCAGACCCAGUCCAGCGCAUCGAGCAGUGUCAGCGCGGCUCUCUCUUCAUGUGCAGCAUCGUGCAAGGCUGCAAACGCACCUACCUCUCACAGCGAGACCUGCAGGCCCACAUCAACCAUCGCCACAUGAGGGCCAGCAAGACCAGAUCCUCUCGCCUGGAUCCGCCACACCCGACUCUGGCCUCCGACCCACCCGAACGCUUCCGGUUUCCGUCGCCUACUCACCUGUCUAAAACACACCCUCUCAUUCCUCCCCCUCUGCAAGGCCAUGAUACCUACCACCAUCCACUUCCAGCCUCGCCCUCCGAUCCUGGACCCUCCCCACGGUCCCUCCCCUCAGAGAACUUCCGAAUCGCCACAGUGACUACACGUAAGCAUAGCAACCUCAUCACGGUGCCCAUUCAUGAUGAAUCUGGGAGCUCAGGCCCCUCCCCCUGUGAGCCACACCCACAGACUCCUCCGGUCCCGCCUCCACACCAUCACCCUGGCGAUUACGCCAGCCAACCAGUGUCCCACCCACAUCAUAUCAUGCCUCCACCACAACAACCACAUUACGGGCCUCCGCCGCCUCCUCUCAACAUCCCCAUGCAGCACCCGCCGCAGGGCUCCUCUACACCUCACAUGGUUUACAACCAAGCACCUCCCAUGUCAACGCCACCUCCACCUGGACACAUCAUCAGCCAGUUGCCACCCUACAUGAAUCACCCUCCACCUGGUCCGAUUCCCCCGGUCAAUGUGCACCACUACAACCCAAACUCAGUGCCACAGAACCAAUGCACUCUUAGCCCACCAUUCACCCAACCAAACGCCAUGAGCCCAGGGAUGUGGCCCAAUUCUCGUGGCCCCAAUCUGCCCCGUAUGCAGGGGCCACCACCACAGGGACAGAUGCCAGGGCCUCACCACCCCGACCAGUCACGAUAUAGACUGUAUUACCAGUAGCCUUCUGGCUUUGUCGGCUCUAUCAGACAGUUUGACCAUAGAUGGAUAACCAUAUCUAGUCAGAAACAACACUAAGCUGCCUGGGCUGUUUGUCUUCACUGAUAACUCACUAUAUGUUGACUCCCAUUGCUGGCAUUUUUGUACUAAUGUCCCUCAAUCAGGGAGGUUCCAUGGAAUUAUGAAUAGUUGAGUGGGUGGGGGGAGGCUCUUUUUGGUUGGAAGAAUUUAACAGUUUUGUUUGAAACAUUUACAUAAUGUAUCCAACAGCUGCAAUAAAUGAAACUUGAAUUCCGUUUA